GUCAAGGCUCGAAGCUCCUAUCGUAAAAUUGCUAAUUUGAAGUUCCUUUGUGUUUGCACCGUCGACAUGAAGAAAAAGACAAUUGAAGAUGAUCAACGCGAUCGGUUGAAGAAAGUGCAUAGCCGCUCUGGUGAUCCACGCCUAGACACUUAUCCGUCACGUUCUCGAGGAUAGCAACAGUUUCUAUUUUUUGUCUACUGCAACUUAGAUAGGCCUGUGUCAGACGUGACUGAAAGGACUCCACCUCUACUUCUCCAACAGUUUCUAAAUGCGUAGUUUAUAUCAUUUUCAUUUGACGCACGUACUGAAAUAGAAUUAGCAAUACCAAAGUAGUACUACGACAAAACACGAAAGAUGAAGAUCAACCUCGACCGCAUCCCGGUUUUCCUGGGUUUUCUCGCGCUGGGAAUUCUGCUCACCACGGCACUGAUGCAGUGUCUCGACUGGAGCUACGGGCAGGCGGGGCCGCUGGGCUUUUUCCUGGUGGUGCAGCUGCAACUAUCAACUGUAAAAAUGUCUGGGUCUGGAAGAAUUCACGUUUGUCAUGCUUGUCUGGCAUGACUCUUAAAUCUGUCACGCACGUUACCCAAGAGCUCCGUUUUUCUGUGAUGCAGAAGCGCAGUUUGUCAUGCAGAAUAGGCAACACCUAGGAGCUCAGAAACUUGUUAUGCUGAGCCAGCAUUUGUAGCCUCAUCAUGAGACGCCACCCAGCAUCACAAGUUUCCAGACCCAGACA